UCCGCCCGGCGCCCGGUGCCGGGCAGCCCCCGCCAGUCCCCAGCCCGCCCCUUGCCGGUAGCAGAAGCAGCCGCAGCAGCAGAAGCAUGGUGGUGCGUCCGCUGCUGCGCGCCGUCAUCAUGGGGCCUCCGGGCUCUGGCAAAGGCACCGUCGCCUCUCGAAUUAUCAAACAUUUCGGGAUGAAGCACCUCUCCAGCGGCGAUAUGCUGAGGGAUAACAUGCAGAAGAAGACAGAAGUUGGAACCCUUGCCAAGUCCUACAUUGAUGAAGGGCGGCUUAUUCCAGAUGACAUCAUGACACAGCUCAUGCUGAAUGAGCUUAAACAUCUAGCUGAGUACAACUGGUUGCUGGAUGGUUUCCCCAGGACGGUUGCUCAGGCAGAAGCCCUGGAUAAAGAAUGUCAAGUAGACACUGUGAUUGACCUGGAUGUGCCAUUUGAGACCAUACAGUGCCGGCUCACAGCACGCUGGAUCCACCCUGCUAGUGGCAGAGUCUACAAUCUUGAAUUCAGUCCUCCCAAAGUGCAGGGCAUUGAUGAUAUUACUGGAGAGCCACUUGUUCAGCGUGAUGAUGAUAAGCCAGAGACCGUUACCAAGAGGCUGCAGGCUUAUGAUGUACAAACAAAACCUGUUCUAGAUUAUUACCGGAAAAAGGGGUUAUUGAAAUCUUUCUCUGGAACAGAAACCAAUAAGAUCUGGCCACAUAUCUACGCUUUCCUCCGAACCAAGCUGCCAGAUGUGAGCCAGAAAGAUGCUACCACUCCCAGGUGAAAAUAGGUCUAACUCCUACUCAUCUAUCCUAGCUCCCACUCCAUUACAUGAAAUGCAGCAAUCAAGGAUUUCUCUGAGUAGUCUAGAAAGCAGUUGGACUUCAUGAUCUUAAAGGUCUUUGCCAACCUAAAUUAUUCUAUGAUUCUAAUAAUUAAAGUCUAGUUUUGUCCACAACUUACAUUAUGAUAAAA